AGUUAUAUGCAAGUCCCCUUGUGAAAGAGGAUGUGCUCACAAGAAAGAGAGUGAGAUAUGAAUUACCAGAGCAAGACAGAUGAGCUUCAGCAAGAGAAAAGGUCUGAGAAUGGACACGAGGCUUCCUGUAGCUAAGCCACAAGAAGCAGAUAUUCAUACAAACCACACAGGAGUCUUAACAUUGUGUGGUCAGAUUGUGGCUUAAAAGGACUUGAGCCUGCAGAACAUCAUCACUGAAUUUAUUUGGGCCUCCUGCAGUUACGGGACAUAGAGCAACCAGAACCUGAGCUUCAGUAGUAUUGGCUUCUGAGUAUGUUUGUUAAAGGAGAGGCAGGAUGUACUGCUGUUACUAUUUGAAGUGAAGCCACUGAAGAUGCUAAAAAGAAACCUCAAAGGACCAGCACUGAGAAACUUGAGGGAUUUUAGGAAACUGUAGCCUCUGGAGAACAAACCUUGGCUGAUGGCUGAUGCAUUCCACAAGGACGGUGAGAUUAAAGAGCCGGCAGCACUGGAACGGGAAGUUUGCUGUACGUCCAGAGGUCAGGAAGCAAAAGUGCCAAAAGGACAUGAUGGAAGGCCAGAGAAGGAGAAUCAUAGCAGCCGAAAGCCACAGCAUGAUGCUUGAAAGCUUUCACCAAAGCUCUCGAGCAGCUGCUUACAGAACUUGAAGAUUUUCUGAGGCUACUGGACAAGGAGAACUUGAGCAGCACUGCCAUUGUGAAGAAGAGCUUCCUCUCCGAUCUUCUGCGUGUCUACACCAAGUCCAGUGGUGGUGAUGAGGAAUAUAUUUAUAUGAACAAAGUGACCAUCCAUAAACAGCAGGGAGACCAGGAGAAGCAAGACAAAGCACUGGAUCGGAAGAAUUCCUUGACCAAUGGAGACUCAGGACUGCAUUUGUCCCCUCCUCAGAAGAGCCUGCCAGACCUGCCCCCUCCAAAGGUUCUUGAAGCAAAGCAACCUCCGGUCCCCAAGGUGGAGUCCCCAGAGGGCUACUACGAAGAGGCUGAGCCGUAUGAUGUCUCUGUCAAUGGUCUUUUUGGUAGGCUUGCUGCGGCUGGACCCAGGCCAGGGUUCCAGGUUACUGAGGGUGUUAUUUAUGCCACGAUAACGAUGGAAGAUGGUGAAGCUGUUAGUAGCUCCUAUGAGUCCUACGAUGAAGAGGAAAGCAACAAGGGCAAGUCAGCCACUCAUCAGUGGCCAUCCACGGAGGCCACCAUUGAGCUGAUGAGGGAUGCCCGCAUCUGUGCGUUCCUGUGGAGAAAGAAGUGGCUGGGCCAGUGGGCAAAACAGCUGUGUGUUAUCAAGGACACCAGGUUGCUGUGCUACAAGAGCUCCAAAGACCACAGCCCUCAGCUUGAUGUGAAUUUGCUGGGCUGCACUGUCAUUCACAAGGAAAAGCAAGUGAAGAAGAAGGAGCACAAACUGAAGAUCAUCCCCAUGAAUGCUGAUGUCAUCGUGCUGGGGCUGCAGAGCAAAGACCAGGCAGAGCAGUGGCUCAGGGUGAUCCAGGAGACCAGUGGCCUGCUGUGUGAAGGAGGCAGUGAAGGCAAUCAGUACAUCCCAGAUUCACAGCGGCUCAGUUACCCAAAGGUGGAGGUAUCUGAGAGGUACUCCGCAGCCUCUGAGAGUGGGAGCAGCACAGAUGGCCACCCAGAGACAGCUGAGACAAAAGAUGUUAAGAAAAAGGGCACAACUGGCCUGAAACUGAGCAACCUGAUGAACCUUGGGAGGAAAAAAUCCAUCUCCUUGGAUAGCCCAGAGAGAUCCCUGGAGACUUCAAGCUACUUGAAUGUGCUAGUGAACAGCCAGUGGAGGUCUCGUUGGUGUCAGAUAAAAGAGGGUCACCUCCAUUUCUACCAGGAUAAGAACCGAAGCAAACAGGCUCAGCAGCCCCUGAGUUUAGCAGGUUGUGAAAUCAUCCCAGAGCCAAGCCCUGAUCAUCUCUACUCCUUCCGCAUCCUGCACAACGGUGAAGAACGAGUUGUCCUGGAGGCCAAGUCCUCGGAGGAAAUGGGCCACUGGCUGGGGCUGCUCUUGUCGGAGUCUGGUUCAAAAACAGACCCAGAGGAAUUCACCUACGACUACGUGGACGCCGACAGGGUCUCCUGCAUUGUGAGCGCCGCAAAGAACUCCUUCUUCCUAAUGCAGAGGAAGUACUCUGAGCCCAACACCUACAUCGACAACCUGCCCAAAGGCAGGGUGCAGCAGGAGGAGCUGUACGACGAUGUGGACCUGCCAGAGCUGCCUGCGGAAGAAGUACCCAAGAGUGAGAACAAACCUGAGGGUGACCAAGAUCGAGUGUACCUGGAUCUGACCCCAGUGAAGUCCUUCCUACACUGUGCUAGCAAGAAAUCAUGCCCACCUUCGCCCCUUGGCUCACCAUCCCUAGAAAGGGCUGCCAGCAGGGCUGCAGCAGAGAGCACAGCUGAGACAGUCCUCACGCCUAAGGAAGCAGAGUCCUGCACUAAAGCGAUGGAGACCUCUGAGCAGAAACACCCAGAGAAGCCAGAGCUUGAUGAGGUGCUGCCACGGAUGCCUGGUGUCAAAAUGCAGACACAGCAGCAGAACAUUGCCUUUCCCCAGCCAGCCCCCGAGCUGCCGGCGGGCAAGGUGACAGCAGGCAGCCCCCAGCUGGUGCCUGCACACCGGCCCAAGAUGCCACUGCCGGCAGCAGCAGUGGAAAUCAAGCUGGGGAAGAACAGGACAGAGGCAGAGGUGAAGCGGUUCACGGAGGAGAAGGAGCGGCUGGAGAAGGAGAAGGAUGACAUUCGGGCUCAGCUCACCCAGCUGCGCAAGGAGAGGCGGGAGCUGAAGGAAAUGCUCGGGGGCAGCACAGACAAGAGCCUGGAGCAGAGGCUGAAGGAGGUUGAAGAUGAAUGCAAAAAGAAGGAGAGCAGGAGAGUGGACUUGGAGCUGAGCCUGGUGGAGGUGAAAGAAAACCUGAAGAAGGCAGAGUCUGGCCCUGUGACCCUGGGCACUGCAGUGGACACCACACACCUGGAGAAUGCAGCCCCUCGGAUUCAGUCCAAAAGUGGCAGUCCAGCAAACAGCACAGAGAACUCUCCAGUCAACUCAGCAACGGCUUUAAAGAAUCGGCCUCUGUCCGUCAUGGUGACAGGGAAAGGAACAGUCCUACAGAAAGCUAAGGAAUGGGAGAAGAAGGGAGCUAGUUAGAACCAUGCUUCUCAGAGAUGGACUAAAGACUGGAAUUGGCCAUGCACGGCUGAGGGGAUUUAACCAUCUGUAGGUGGAGGUUGGGUGUGCAACACAACCAUGCACCAAGUGCCUCCUCCACACGAUGCCAACUGCUCAGACACAACUUUGGAGUCAACCAGCUACCAACAUGAGUUACCCAAACGAUCUUGCUCCUUCCAGACAAGUCCCAGUCACGUAGCUAAAACAAUAACAACCAGUGGCAAUCCUUGCAUCAAUUUCCUAACCCAGUUGAUGUUGUAAACAAGAAUGUUCCUGUACAUAGGGGUGUUUUGUGUACUUCUACUUUGAUGGUUUAUCAAUGAAUUAUUAAGGUUUCUAUAUUAGUGACAGUAGUGGGUUCAGAAGGGGCCUCUGCUAUUCUUUAUAUCCUGGUGGUUUUCAACCUGUCUUGGCAAAGUGCAGUCUUAAGUCUCGCCUGUCUUGCUGUCAGUCAUCACUCAGCUGCAUUUCAUCCACUACCUAUGCCUGAGGGAUGCUUGACUUGAGACGUGAAUGAGAAGCACACAGCAGCCUGGCCAGGGGAUACUUACUGGGUGUCCUGAUGCAUCCCAGCCUGUGCUUACUCCUACUGGUCUGCUGUAGAUCUGCCAGAAGAUCAAGGAGGAUCCCUACUCACCUUGUGCUUUAUGCUGAGUUGCAGACUGGAGUCACCAGGAGCUCCUGGCAAAGAAGAUCUGCAAAGCAGGUUCAGUUAAUUUUCUUGAAGAUCUUGGUCUGAGGAAAAGGGAGGGGGGAAAAAAAUCAGUCAUAGUUGCAGGUUUAUUAAUAAUUAUUUACCAAAAGCUCAGGUCUACUCAGCUGUUGGAUGGGGAAGCUGGAUCCCAAUGUUUUCUUCAGAGCUUGCCUUUUCCCAGGGCAGCAGAGAUACAGCUGCUGCUGUGCUUCUACCCUACCUGUGGGCACUACUUUGAUGCUGUUCUCUGGUCCUCACGAGCUGCAGCUGUGCAAUCUGCUGCAGACAUUCCAGUGCAAAAGAGCCUCUUCUGCAUGGCAGGGCUGAGGAACGUGGCUUGCUCUCCUCCCUGAUGGCUGCUGGCUGUCUUGGUGCUCUCAUCAUCCUUUUUUCCAAAUUAUGAAACUUAACAUAGCCUUUGGGCCCUGGCAGUGUGGCCUCCAUAGCCCACCCCCUCUGCCCUAGCCAGGCUUUCUAAUGAAAGAUGUUACACACUUGGAACCGCUACACUUUUGAGACAUUUGAAAUGUGAAGGUGUCAGAAAUCCAUGCACAUGGUCCUCUGUUGCCAUGUCUGAUGGUCUUUUCAGCACUGGAGCCCGGGCUGAGUAGCUGGUUUGAUGGUGCCAGACUGUUUUCCAACCCUAGAAAGCUAAAGCAGCACUGGUAUCUUGGCUGGUUGUAGCCACAGGACCUAAGGAACAACCCAGAACAACACCCAGAGCCAGGGUAAAAACAGACAAGCAAAAUGUACCUUCCUAACCCUUGAAAACCUUUUACAGGCCUGAGACCACUUUCUGUGCACAAAGAAAGACCCAAAAAACCCAGGGUGGAGGGGGUGCAGAGCUGCAACACCCAGAACUGAUGGUGGCCCUGGAGUAAGGAUUUACUUGAGAGGCACCAUGCUUGCCUGCCACCACCAUAGAACUGAAGGGCAGCAAAGCACUUGCUCAGGGUAUCCUGGCAGCAAGGUGACCUCACUCUCUCUUACUUUUGACUUUGAAAGUCACUGCAGCAGUGCAAGUGGAGGAACUGCUUAAUCUCAGGCCUCAGGGUGAGUACAACAGCCCUAGCCGUUUGGCCUUUUACUGUGCAAAGCUCGCACAUAGGAAAACCUCAUGCAAAUAAACCACUGAAACUUCUGGCUCAGGACCCUAUGCUUUCUCUCCCUAACACAAGGAAGCCGUGGACACCAUGAACCUUUGGUUUUGACCCAUCAUGACCUGGCAGAAGCCCUUCUCUACACCCUAAAUAUCUGUGGUACCAUGCCUUAUCAUUCACCCUGCUGUUAUCCUCCAGAAGUUGUCCAGGCAUUUCACAGUGGUACUGAGACAGCAAUGGAUGAGAGCAGCUCUGUUUUCCCCACCACGGCCCAGCAGGCUUCAGUGGUCCUGCUGGGAUGAUAAACACAGGCAAGUCCUAAGCAACACAGGUUUCCCCAGACAAGAAAUGUCAAACAAUGUCUCCAUGUCCCCAUUGUUUUCCUAACUCCAGGCAUUUCCUUUGUUGUAACUGUGACCUACAAAGUGGCGCUUUAGAGGGUUUUAUAAUAAAAGGUUGAGCAUUAUUAUGUUA